AUGACAUCCCCAGCUGCCCUAGGCCGCCUCGCCUCCACAACAGUUCACAUUCAAAUGAUCCCUACUCCCCGCAAACUACGCGACACUCGACAAAUCCUAGCCGCGCUCCAAAAAUUCGGUGAAGUGACCACAUUCCGCAACCUCAAGUAUGAUCAAUCGAACAGAUCACCAAACCAACACCGGCCCGUCAUUGCCAUCUUCGACUCCCCCGACGCCGCCCAGCGCGCACUCGCUUCCUCCCCCAUGAUCGUAACGCUCGACUCUCCCUCUACCUCUACAUCACAACCAAGCACCAGCACCAGCACAGGCACAGGCACAAGCACAGACACAGGCGCAACCUCCAAAUCCCCACCCUCGUCUUCCUUGGAAUCAAAAAAGAAAUACAAGAACCACGACCCUAUAUUCGAUAAUGUCGCCUCCGGCACAAUAAAAUGCAUAAUUGAACCCUCGACCCACAACCAUGAAACCGCAAUGCCGCGCAACAAGUACUUCGCCACGUUUUACCCGAAUAAGGAAGAUCCUGUCUACAAGGAUAUGAAUAGUCCCCAGACAGGGGUGCCGCUGCACGCGCUGGGGGAUGUGUUGCAGAGUAGGAAGCCCAAGCUGACUUUACUUACGCAUGCGAAGGCUGCUGGGGUCAGACGGGCGCUUGGGGGUGAGAGUAUAAUGGCUAUGUGGAGGGAAGCGAAUGACCCUAAAAGGGCUGCUAAGGUCAAAUAUGAGAGAGGCCCAUAA